AUGGAGGAAGGUACGAAAAUUUUAGAUCAUCUGAGUAAUCUCAAUAGCAUCAUCUUUGAGCUGGAGGCGAUCGAAGUGAAGAUAGAUGACGAAGAUAAAGCACUCAGGCUCAUCUUAUCACUUCUACCUUCUUAUGAACACAUGAAGCCGAUCUUGAUGUAUGGUAAGGAUCCUUUGAAUUUUGCUGAGGCUACUAGUAAACUGUUGUUAGAGAAAAGAAGACUGAAGAGUGAAGGGCGUACUUCAAGAUUUGACACUGACGAGCCCGACGAGGAUCGAUCGAAAUGGUCGUGUACGUUGUUUGAGCUCAUCUACGAUGCCGAUCUUCAAGUUUAUCGGAUCCGCCAUGUCAAGCUUGGGUACUUCUUGAUCCCACAUACAGGCCCCAUUGCCGCUGACUAUACUAUAUAUGCAGGAACUGCCACUCCUGACCCCAACAAUUGGGAUGUCUUCGCUGCGAUCGACUUCCAAUCUCUGCUCGUGUUGCCGAAACUCGUGGCUUUCAAAGGCGACAAUGGACAAUACCUCCGCGCUGCGAUGCAAGAACAUCAUGAGUAUUUAGAGUUCUCUGGUACUAGCAUUGGAGAUGAUAAGGCUGCACACGAGAUCCUUAUGAACGACGAUGGAAGCGUUCGCGUCAAGUCGAAGUUCUUCGGGAAGUUUUGGAGGCUAAGUCCAAGAUGGAUUUGGGCCGAUUUGACCGAUGCGAGCUCGGACAAUCCCGAUACAUGCUUUUGGCCAUUCAAGUAUUCUGAAGACAACACGAUUGCGUUAAAGAAUCUGGGAAACAGCUUGUUUCGCAAGAGACUCACUGUGGAAGGCAAAACAGACUGUUUGAAUGCUUCUGCCUCCAAUAUGGGUUCAAGCGAGACAAAGCUGACAAUUGAAGAACUGAUACAUUCGAGGGAGAUAGAAAUUGUGGAGUUUCGAACAGCAGAAGCCAAAAUCUACCACGAAACGAUCGACAUGAAGAAUUACACUAAUAUCGAAAACAAUGGGAGCGAAGAUGUGCAUGAGGAAUUCCAGUUUAGUUUUAAAGACAUUGCAACGGGGACUUUCAGUACAACUCUAUCAUUGAAGGUUGGUGUCAAAACCACCAUCGAGACCAAAGUCGUGCCUUAUAUCUUCGAGAAUAAGAUUGAACUGUCGGCGGAGUUUGCAGGAUCAUUUACAUGGGGAAAAACUUACACAUUUGAGAAAGAGUUCAAGAAUUUAUUCAAGUUUACGGUACCUCCAAAGAAGAAGGUGAAAGCGAGGCUAGUCGCGACCAAGGGAUCUUGCAAUGUUCCAUUUUCGUACACUCAAAGAGACACUCUUCUGGAUGGGCGAGUGGUUACUACAACGAUACAUGAUGGAAUGUUCUAUGGAGUCAACUGCUAG